CAAACCUUCGGUGUCACAUCGAUCCCGAUUUUUAAUUAAAAUUCGAGGGAAAAGACGAAGAUGCGAUGUUGAUAUCCCUGAGUCAACUUCGAUUGUUGAUGCAAACCUCGACAACAUCGAUGACUUCCGUACCAAAACCUCUCAAGUAUUUGAAAAACUCGUACAAUGAUAUGAAGAACGCGCAUAAAAAGAUUCGAAGGAGGGACGUGAAACGGCAAUUCGCGGAAGUAUUGAGCGUAUUAUCGAUGGCUGGAGCCGCGCCUGGUUCCAAAGAAUGUCUGCGAUAUUGCACCGAUGGUGAAGUGACGAACCCUGGCGAGUGGGGUCACGAAUACGUCAGACAGCUCGAAGCUGAAAUUGUAGACGAGUGGACGAACGCUCCUGUAAAGGACGAGGAACGUAUCAGAACACAGCUUACUCCUUUGGUAAACGGUAUCAUAAAAUUCGACAUGAAGCACAACGCCGAAAUACCUGGAUGCGAUCUAUGUUUGGAGAUCGAUCAAUUGAACUUUUUAAACGAAAGUUUGGAUAAUACGAAUUUUGAGAGGGUUUGUCGAUAUCUGGAGAGUUGUGCGGUCUACAGCGAGGAUAUCGAAAGAAGACAAAUAUUGCAGACCGUGGUCGACCAUUAUCUACGAUUCCAAGAAUAUUGCAAAGCAAUGUUAGUAGCCCUUCAAUUGGCAGACUCGGAUCUUGUACACAAAUGUCUCACCACCUGCCCUGACGAUUUAAUGCGAAAACAAUUGUCAUUCAUACUCGUAAGACAAAGGGAGAAUCCAUUAAAGAAGGAUUACGAGGGAGGCGAUGCCAAGGAUAUCGAAGCUAUCUUAAGCAACAGUCACGUCAAUAAUCAUUACCAUUUGCUCGCGAGGGAACUCGACAUUCUGGAACCCAAACACCCGGAUGACAUUUAUAAAACCUGGCUAGAAACUAAUACCGUGAGACGAGCGGAAUACGACUCAGCCAGGGCCAACCUAGCAGCUACGUUCGUUUCCGGUUUCGUUCACGCUGGAUUCGGUCAGGACAAACUGAUGGCGAACACCGCCGAUUGCUGGGUUUAUAAAAAUAAGGAGCACGGAAUGCUCUCGGCAACCGCUUCUUUGGGACUGAUACACAUGUGGGACGUAGACGGUGGUCUGGUACCGAUCGACAAAUAUCUCUACACCAACGAUCACAACAUCAAAGCAGGCGCUUUACUCGCGAUAGGUUUGGUCAACUGUGGUGUUCGCAACGAAUGCGAUCCGGCGUUGGCGCUCCUCAGCGACUACGUGUAUUCCGAAAACGUUACACUGAGAAUCGGAGCAGUUUUAGGACUGGGUUUGGCCUACGCUGGCUCGCAGAGGUCCGAUGUUACGGAACUUUUAACCGGAGUAUUGGUAGACGAAGCAAGUACCAUGGAAAUUGUGUCUCUCGGAGCGAUCGCGAUAGGUUUGAUAAACGUUGGCUCUGCCGACGCUGAAGCCUCGUCGACACUUCUGCAGAGAUUGAUAGAGCUUACACCUCAAAAGCUGUCUAGUACCUACUCCAGAUUUCUACCGCUGGCGCUGGGUAUGAUCUACAUGGGUUGCCGCGACAUCAUAGACGCGCCUUCAGCUGCGCUUGAAGUCUUACCCGACCCUUACAAGCUUGCUGCACAAACUAUGCUGGAGGUGUGUGCAUAUGCCGGUACAGGAGACGUAUUGAUCGUUCAAGGACUAUUACGAAUUUGUUCGGAACCGGCGAACGGUGAAGGCGUUCCCGUCACCCCGGUUAACAGUCCUACGAGCUGCUGCUGCGAUCAGCGGUCUCGAAUCAUCGAAUUUUCUGAGAAGAGAACAAAAGAGAAAUUAGAAGAGAAGCAUGCAGAAUCAAACGAUAUUGGAUCGACGCAGGCCAUAGCUACGUUGGGUGUCGCUGCCGUUGGGUUAGGAGAGGGAAAAGAGGACUCGAGGAUCUUCGGGCAGAUAGGAAGAUACGGUCCCACAGCUGCGAGACGCGCAAUGCCACUCGCUCUAGGUUUAUCCUUUUUGUCAAAUCCAGACUUGUCAGUCUUGGAUGUACUGAACAAAUACAGCCACGACAACGAUUCUGACGUAGCUAACAAUGCGAUCUUUGCUCUCGGUCUUGUCGGUGCUGGGACGAAUAACGCGCGUCUCGCCACUAUGCUGAGGCAACUAGCCUGUUACCACGCGAAGAACCCCACGCACCUAUUCCUCGUUCGAAUUUCCCAAGGCUUGGUCCAUCUUGGCAAAGGUACGUUGUCUAUAUCUCCUUUGCGAUACGCUUCCAAGGUGUUGGACAAGGUCGCCUUAGCUGGAUUACUGGUAGUCCUGGUGGCGUUUCUCGAUUGUCAAAAUCUGAUCCUAUCGAAAUCACAUUAUUUGAUGUACUGUCUGGCGCUUGCAAUGGAACCUAGAUGGUUGGUUACCUUGGACGAAAAUUUGCAGAGUCUACCGGUGUCUGUGAGGGUUGGAAAAGCUGUAGACAUCGUGGGCAAAGCUGGCAAUCCCAAAUCCAUCUCUGGUGGAUACGUUCACACGACACCAACGUUGCUUUCCUCCGGAGAAAGAGCAGAACUUGCUCUAGACGAGUACGAGGCGUUGUCCAGCGUUUUGGAGGGCUUCGUUAUUCUUCGAGAGAAAUCGAACGUUUCUUAGAUUUUCCGCUGCAAUAAUAGAAGAUAGUGGAUAAUAAAAGAACACGGCAGAUUGCGAAAGGCAACGCUGGGACAAGUGAUUUAUUUAUUUCAUGAGAUAGUAAUAAGAAAUACGAUCGACAGAAGUGUAUUAUGUAAGGCGAAGAAAUUACUAGGAACCAAAGUGCGAACGACGAAUCGUUUAUAUGAUAUAUCGUAACGUAUAAUUUUCCAUGCUGUUUUUAAUAAAAAGUAGGAGUAAAAUUUUCGAGAAAAAAGAAUCGUUCGAAGAAAAUCUUGUACAAUAACGGAUCGAUACCACGCAUGUUUGUAACGCAUCACUUUGACAACGACGAGACGUGGAAAGUACGCAAGUGAUACGAGCAAAGGUUCGAUCGCGUCGUUGAAUGCAUCGAUAAGAAUGCGAAGAGACGCGUGAAUACUAGGUGUAGGUUUGCGUUCAUUUAAUUUGAGGGACUAGCGGAAGCAAUGUGCUCUAUACAACAGAAUAUACAUUGGUUCGCAUUGCACGGUAAUAUACGACACGGUGCACCAUGAUCUGACAGCGGUCACUAAAUUAAAAUAUAUCAUUAACGUAUGACUCUUGUUCGAUUAAAAACGAGCCGGAAAAACGCAAUAGGACGAAAAAACAUAAUGAAAUUAAUCAGAAGCGAGACGUAGGAAAGAAAACGAGAUGAAAAACGAUGCACGAUCGACGAAAGAAACGAAAGUAACCUCGAGUAACGAUCGAAAUUUGGCUUCUUUUGAUAAAAUAUUGCAAAUGAAAGAGGAAUAUUGCAGUUUAUUGGUUCUGAAAGUGUGUACAAAAGCGGGCAACUAGGAAACGAGAAACGAUAUCACGCGGAUAAGAGAACUCUCUGUUCCUGUCCCUUUUUUUCGUUUGCUCUGCUAAAUAUACACACAAAUGAUAUAUUCUUUCACGCAGAGUACAUGGUUACUUUUCCCCUUAAAUUUUUUGUUUUUUUUUUCUCUUCGUCCGGUGAGUUCGCAAAGUCGCAUUGCACAAGAUCAUGGAGCACGUUCCCAUCUUCUCGUAACGAAG